AUAAUACAGCGGAAUCGAAAAAUUUGGGAGGACAAGACAGUGUACGGUUGUGAUAUAAGGACCCAAAAGAAUCAAACCGGCAACCAAAGGGAACUGUUGAUGCAUGUCAAGUUGAAUGUCAGCAACCUACCAGAGGAUUACCCAGCUGAAUUGUCGUAUGAUUUCCGUAUGUGGUACUUGAAUCGUCUAUUGAAUGGGGGAAAUACAACAUGUGUUGUUACAACCGGCAGAGCCCAGACAAAAGACGCGAUACGUUUCAUUCUUGUUGGACCUUAUGUGGAGGGCUUUUGUGAUCAGCUGGAUGAGAAAAUGUUUAACAGGAGACGAUUCUACGUGUCCGGUUGUCAACCCGUCGAAAACAGUACUGUUCCAGUAGACGGUCAUGUUUUGGCAAAGUACUAUCUCGAUACGACGGAGUUUCGCUGCGACCUUGAUCCGUAUGAAUAUUACGACGUGCAUACACUGUUUCUGCAAGAGUUGAACAUGGAUGCCCAGGAGUGUCUGUUCAACGGCUAUUGGGGCGGAGUUCAGGAUGAAGAA